AUGCUGGACCGUUGUGACCAAACUGUUUUGUCAUUGCUCUUUGGAUGCCUGGCUUGUCUUUUCGUGGCCUCCGUUGUAAAUGCAGACGGUCGAGUGUUUGUGUUGGAUCUGAGGAACUCCUCUGGCCUGCAGGGCUUCAGGGAUGCUGAACGGGCUUGUGCCUUACAGCACGCCCGCUUGGCAUCAGCAGAGGAGGUCCGUCAUGCUGUGUUGGAGUGCUACUUUUCCCCGUGCACCCGUGGGUGGCUCUAUGGAGGCACAGUAGGGACCACAGUGUGUAAUAUUGUGGGUGGUGCCCUGAAAGCAGUGGAUGUAAAAGCAGAAAAUGCUACAGAGGAUGCAGCACACCUGGACGCCUUCUGCAUCAGAGAUAAAGGUGUGGCGUGUGGUGAUCCUCCAUCCUUUCCAAAUGCACGCAUGCAAGGACAAAGUGAGUUUGAGAUGGGCGAUGAGCUGCUCUACACAUGUCUGCCUGGUUAUGUGAUGCCCAGUGGGCAAAGCGCCUUCAGCCUCCUAUGCGACAGCUGUGGAGAGUGGUAUGGGCUGGUGCAGGUUUGUGUCAAAGAUGAGACUGAGAGUCACGUGGACUACGAGGACAAGUUCACAGAUUCCUAUGGAGAGGCAGAGGGUCACAACGAGGGACCAGAAGAAGCUCAUGGUGAAGUGUACGAGGAGGUGCAUGGAGCAGCAUACCCCGAGGGGAAGAGGGUUCAAGAGCAGCAAGAGGCGAGUUUCAGUUUGGAGGUAGAGGCAGAGCAUCAAGACCAGCAUGGAGAGCAGGAAGAGGGAGGAGAGCUGACAGAGCACAAUAGGGAGGAGGUCAAAACUGAUGCAGCUGCAGCCACAGAUGCACCUGUGUCUCUUCUCUCCCAGAAACACCUCUUCUGGUUCCCCUCUGAGGCCUUCCAGCAGGAGGGACACCCAGUCUCCACCAAUCCUGUCCCACAGACUACACAGAGGGCUUCAGGCGCCCAAUCAGAGGAGAGUAAAGAGCAGGAGAGCCAAGAAAGGCAACCCCACCAGCUUCCUGUUGAUGAUCAUGAUCAUGAUCAUGAGCAAGACACCUAUGAUGAUCAUGACACAGAUGACCGAGAUGAUCACGACAACAGCGACCAUGACGACCAGGACGUCCAGGAUGUCCAUGAUGACAGCCACCCCGAUGAUCAAGAUGACCCUGACAGUCACCAGGACAAAGAUGACCAUGAUGAAGAUUCAAAGCAUUACAUUUCAGCUCAGGAUGAUGAUCUGGACCACCGUGAUCAUGAUGAACGGUAUGACCAUUAUGACAUGGGGGAACAUGAAGAUGACCGGCAUCAUGUUCGCUACGGCAGCCAGGAUUAUGAUGAUCGAGAUGAUACUUACGAUGAACACGAGGAUGUGACAGAUGAUCACACCGACGAUGACCAGGAACAUCCUGACAGUUUGGAGGAACAUCCUGACAGUUUGGAGGAACAUCCUGACAGUUUGGAGGAACAUCCAGACCGUGAUGACCAUGAUGAUGGCGAGGAGCAUUAUGAUCCAAGUGAAGACGAUCAUGACCACAAGGAUCCCGAUGACCACGACAGCUAUGACAACCAUGACCACCAUGACGACCAUGAUAGCCAUGAAGAUGAUGAUCAUCCGCAUGUAAUCUUUUCUAUAGAAACAGAUGAACGUCAGAAUGUCACCCAGAAGGGAGCAGGGGCGACGGCCACCACAGACGAGACCUGGCUGGACGGGUACCCUGUUGCUCCGGAGGAAACUGAAAAAAGUGAUUCCACAACGGAGAGGAUGAGACCAGAGGAUAGAGAGAGGGGGACUCUUGUUAGGACAACAGACAGACCCAAUGAGGUGGAGAAGCCUGUCCCUUACACCAGUUUACCAGAGGUGCCUGAGUCUCCCACUACUGACUCUGACAUAAAGCAAGGGGGAGUGGAUGAGGUGUGGCCUGGCGUCAUGCUUACUACUGCACCCUCUCCUGAAGAGCCAGAGACCUCAUACUCCGACACCCUGGACUACGACACACAACAGGCAGCUCCUACCCACUCCUGGCUGGGUGACCUCACCGAACACCCCUUUCCUGAUCACGGCCCAGCCCCACCUGUGCAUGAUGGCGAUGUCAUCACUGGAGGGCUGGAGGAACACACUGUGCAUGACCUGCCUGGUGAGACCGGUGAGAGGGACGAGGUGGAGGGAGAGAUGGGGGAGGCAAUCUGUACAGGGGAGGACUGCCCUCCUCAUCCUCCCAGUUCCUCCAGCCGGGGUCCCACAGUGGCAGCCAUAAUCGUGGUUGUGUGUGUGGUUGCCUUAGCGGUCAUCAUUGGGGUGUGGUGUUACCGGCGGCAACAGCAGAAAAGCUCAAUGUACAAGAUGAAUGGGAAGGGGCAAAGUCAGGCCAGACAGGGCCAACAGAUAGAGAUGCAGCAAAAAGUUUAG